AUGUUCGCCUCAAAGCGCCUAGGAAAGGAACUAGCAAAGAUCCACGACAAGUUACCUCCAGGCAUCAGCGUUGCCAAAGCCGAGGACCUACAAGAAUGGCAAAUGGACAUUAAGGUCCUUGAUGACAACCCAUUAUACCGCGACGAAACAUACCGUUUGACUUUUCAUUUCAGCAGUAAAUACCCCAUAGAACCACCAGAAGUCACUUUUAAUCGGACAGGAGGGUUCAAAGUUCCGAUUCACCCACAUAUUUACUCCAAUGGCUUCAUCUGCCUUGACCUCCUUGGCAAGCAGGGCUGGAGUCCUGUCCAAAAUGUUGAAAGCGUAUGCAUGAGCAUCCAAAGCAUGCUGACGGGUAACACCAAGAACGAAAGACCCCCGGAUGACGAAGAGUUCUCCUCAAGAAAUACCAAGCGACCGCGAGACGUCAAUUUUUACUACCAUGAUAACGACGUCUGA